GGGGGGGGCCGCGCCGCGCGAGCCGUUGGGCCUGGCUCGGAGAAGGCGUUGCCGCUGCCGCUGCAGUUGCUGCCGCCAGGAAACACAAGGAGCGGGACCAAGCGCAGCGUGGCGAUGGGCGGGAGUAGGGCCCCGCCGGAGAGGCUGGGCGGUCGCCGGUGACAGACUGUGCUCUGUCCACCGCGCCUCUUGCAUGUCCUGCUGCCCUGAGCUGUCCGCAGCUAGGUGACAGCGUGUCACGCUGCCGCCAUGAACGAGGUGUCUGUCAUCAAAGAAGGCUGGCUCCACAAGCGUGGUGAAUACAUCAAGACAUGGAGGCCCCGGUACUUCCUGUUGAAGAGUGACGGCUCCUUCAUUGGAUACAAGGAGCGGCCUGAUGCCCCUGACCAGACCCUGCCCCCCCUGAACAACUUCUCUGUCGCAGAAUGCCAGCUGAUGAAGACCGAGAGACCACGGCCCAACACCUUUGUCAUACGCUGCCUUCAGUGGACCACGGUCAUCGAGAGGACCUUCCACGUAGACUCUCCAGAUGAGAGGGAGGAGUGGAUGCGGGCCAUUCAGAUGGUCGCCAACAGCCUCAAGCAGCGGGGCCCAGGUGAGGACCCCAUGGACUAUAAGUGUGGCUCCCCCAGCGACCCUUCUGUGGCUGAGGAGAUGGAAGUGGCAGUUAGCAAGACUCGGGCCAAGGUGACCAUGAAUGACUUCGACUAUCUCAAACUGCUGGGCAAGGGCACCUUUGGCAAAGUGAUUCUGGUGCGGGAGAAGGCCAGCGGCCGCUACUACGCCAUGAAGAUCCUGCGGAAGGAAGUAAUCAUCGCCAAGGAUGAAGUCGCCCACACGGUCACCGAGAGCCGGGUCCUCCAGAACACCAGGCACCCGUUCCUCACCGCACUGAAGUAUGCCUUCCAGACCCACGACCGCCUGUGCUUCGUGAUGGAGUACGCCAACGGGGGUGAGCUGUUUUUCCACCUGUCCCGGGAGCGUGUCUUCACGGAGGAGCGGGCUCGUUUCUACGGCGCAGAGAUCGUCUCUGCCCUCGAGUAUUUGCACUCGCGGGACGUGGUGUACCGCGACAUCAAGCUGGAGAACCUCAUGCUGGACAAAGAUGGCCACAUCAAGAUCACUGACUUCGGCCUCUGCAAAGAGGGCAUUAGUGACGGGGCCACCAUGAAAACCUUCUGUGGGACGCCCGAGUACCUGGCCCCCGAGGUGCUGGAGGACAAUGACUACGGCCGCGCUGUGGACUGGUGGGGGCUGGGCGUGGUCAUGUACGAGAUGAUGUGCGGCCGCCUGCCCUUCUACAACCAGGACCACGAGCGCCUCUUCGAGCUCAUCCUCAUGGAGGAGAUCCGCUUCCCGCGCACGCUCAGCCCCGAGGCCAAGUCCCUGCUUGCUGGGCUGCUUAAGAAGGAUCCCAAGCAGAGGCUCGGCGGGGGGCCCAGCGAUGCCAGGGAGGUCAUGGAGCACAGGUUCUUCCUCAGCGUCAACUGGCAGGACGUGGUACAGAAGAAGCUUCUGCCACCCUUCAAACCUCAGGUCACCUCUGAGGUUGACACAAGGUACUUUGAUGAUGAGUUUACUGCCCAGUCCAUCACAAUCACGCCCCCGGACCGCUAUGACAGCCUGGGCUCCCUCGAACUGGACCAGCGGACCCACUUCCCCCAGUUCUCCUACUCGGCCAGCAUCCGCGAGUGAGCAGUGCCGCCGCCGCCGCAGGACGCACGCACGGCUGCCGUCACCGCCCCGGGGGCCUGUCUUUUUUGUUCUUACAGACUUUAUAUUUUGCCUUUUUUUGUUUGCAUCCCCAUCCCUCACCUGCUCACCCCAUUUCCAGUUUUUUCUUCAGCCCUCUGCCAAACUCACCUCAGCGGUCCCCGUGGCCCUGCCUCCAGGACCCUGUCCUGUACUCACCUUUGUGCCCAGACCGGGAUUCGGGAGACUCUCCGCUGCCCGCCCCCGGACCAGGCCUUCGGGUGGUUGGAGAGAUUCCGGUUUUUAAUCAACACCAGUCCCAGCGAGGGGCGGCGCAUGGAGCUGUGGGCCCUGCCUG